AUGGCGAGAAAAAAUAAGGCAACGACCGGGGGUCGAAAAAAGAUCGCGAUCGAGAGGAUCGCAAGUGAAGAAGCAAGGCACGUGUGCUUCUCGAAGCGCCGAAACGGCGUUUUCACGAAAGCCACGGACCUGUCGACCCUCUGCGGGGCCGAGGUGGCGGUGAUCGUCAACUCGCCGGCUGGAAACCCGUACUCCUUCGGUAGCCCGGGUGUGAGUGAGGUUGUCAACCGGUUUCUGUCGAGAAAUCCGAUGCGAAAUGCAGAGGAUGUGUAUCGGAUGAGUAGGAUCCGGGAGCUGAAUGCGCAGUGCAUGGAGCUCUCGAGGAGGCUCGAUGAGGCAAAUGCGAAGAAGGCUGAGAUGGAGAGGAGGGUGAAGGAGGUUGUGGAGAGGAAUGUGUACUGUAAGCUUGCUGAGGAGAGUGAAGGGGUUGGGGUGAGGGAGCUGAGGGCGGUGGAGGAAGCGAUGGGAGGGGUUAGAAUGCCGCAUUGGCUACGGGUUUUAUCGAUAGAUUGA